AUGUUCAACAAUGUAGGCAUUCUUGGUGACAAUGAAGUAAGAAUGACACAUGCCGCUGAGGACUUCAAGAGAAUGUUCGAUGUCAAUGUAUUGGAUGGUUUCUUAGGUGGCAAGUAUGCUGCCAGGGUCAUGGUUUUGUUUAAGAAAGGUUGCAUACUCUUCACAGCAAGUCUUGCUUCAAAAAUCUCCAUCAGUCUCGCCCAUGCACACAAGGCAUCAAAGCAUGCGGUAGUAGGGUUGACGAAAAGCUUGAGCGUGGAGUUAGGUGAGCAUGGAAUUAGAGUUAACUGCAUUUUGCCUGAUGGAAUUGUGACCCCAACGUUCCAAAAAGUAAUUGGGAAUUUCGAUAAGAAGGGAGAGGAGAUGUUUGCGGUUUCAGCAGUGCUGAAAGGCACCGUAUUGGAGCCUAAAGAUUUUGCGCAUGCAACACUCAAUUUGGCAAGCGAUGAGCAUAAAUUUAUCAGUGGUGUUAAACUUAUUGGGAGUUAUAGGGAGAGAAAGAACACCGGUUGUGCUUUCGCUUUGUUUCAGUUGUUCGGUUUUUUCCCAACAAACUGGUAUCAGAGCUUGGUUAUUGUGUCAGAUAAUUAUGAAAAUUAA